AAAGCUUCCAUCUUUUGACAAAACCAGUUCAACAUCAUCAGAGAUUAUAAACUCAUGAAUAUGAACUCAAGUGGUGAUGAGGAGAAGCUUGGGAAUGGAGUUGUGGGGAUUCUAGCUGAAUCAGUGAACAAAUGGGAAAGAAGAACACCGUUGACACCGUCUCACUGCGCUCGUCUUUUACACGGUGGCAAAGACAGAACAGGCGUUUCCCGUAUUGUUGUUCAGCCAUCUGGAAAGCGUAUCCAUCACGAUGCUUUGUACGAAGAUGUCGGAUGUGAAAUCUCUGAUGACUUGUCUGAUUGUGGUCUUAUCCUCGGUAUCAAACAACCCAAGCUAGAAAUGAUUCUUCCGGAGAGAGCAUAUGCUUUCUUUUCUCACACUCACAAGGCACAGGAAGAAAACAUGCCUUUGUUAGAUAAAAUAUUGUCUGAGAGAGUGACGUUGUAUGAUUAUGAGCUCAUUGUUGGAGAUCAUGGGAGGAGACUACUGGCAUUUGGUAAAUAUGCAGGCAGAGCUGGUCUUGUUGACUUCUUACAUGGACUGGGAAAGAGAUAUCUAAGUCUAGGAUACUCGACGCCUUUCCUCUCGCUAGGUUCAUCCUAUAUGUAUUCCUCAUUGGCUGCAGCAAAAGCUGCUGUGAUAUCUAUUGGUGAAGAGAUUGCAAGUCAGGGACUGCCAUCAGGAAUCUGCCCUCUUGUAUUUGUCUUCACCGGAACAGGAAAUGUUUCUCUUGGGGCACAAGAAAUGUUCAAGCUUCUUCCUCACACCUUUGUUGAACCUAGCCAGCUUCCUGAACUAUUUCUAAAAGACAAUGGGAUUAGCCAAAAUGGAAAAUCUACAAAGCGUGUACAUCAAGUAUAUGGCUGUAUCAUUACCAGCCAAGACAUGGUUGAACACCAAGAUCCAUCAAAGUCCUUUGACAAAGCUGACUAUUAUGCACACCCGGAACACUACAAUCCAGUUUUCCACGAAAAGAUCGCUCCCUAUACAUCAGUUCUUGUUAACUGUAUGUACUGGGAGAAGAAAUUUCCCCGUCUUCUGAGCACCAAACAGAUUCAAGAUUUAUCAGCAAAAGGAUGUCCACUAGUGGGAAUAUGUGAUAUAACUUGUGACAUUGGUGGCUCUAUUGAGUUUGUUAACCGAGCUACUUCAAUUGACUCCCCUUUCUUUAGGUUUGAUCCUGCAAAAAAUUCAUACUGUCAUGACAUGGAUGGUGAUGGUGUAAUAUGCAUGGCCGUUGACAUUCUACCCACAGAAUUUGCUAAAGAGGCCUCCCAGCAUUUUGGAGACAUUCUUUCCGAGUUUGUCGGUAGUUUGGCUUCAAUGACUGAAGCUGCGGAUCUACCUGGACAUCUGAAGAGGGCUUGCAUAAGCUACAAAGGAGAGUUGACACCUUUGUAUGAGUAUAUUCCACGCAUGAGGAAGUCUGAUCCACAGUAUGCCCUGCUUCCAUAAA